AGCGCCCAGCGGACAACCACCAGCGGACAGCGCCCAGUGUCCAGCGGACAACCACCAGCGCCCAGCGCCCAGCGGACAACCACCAGCACCCAGUGUCCAGCCGACAGCGCCCAGCGGAUAGCGCCCAGCGGACAACCACCAGCGGACAGCGCCCAGUGCCCAGCGGACAACCACCAGCGCCCAGUGCCCAGCCGACAGCGCCCAGCGGACAGCGCCCAGCGCCCAGCGGACAACCACCAGCGCCCAGUGCCCAGCGGACAGCGCCCAGCGUACAGCGCCCAGCUGACAGCUCCCAGUGCCUAGUGCCCAGCGGACAGCGCCCAGCUGACAGCGCCCAGUGCCUAGUGCCCAGCGGACAGCGCCCAGCUGACAGCGCCCAGUGCCUAGUGCCCAGCGGACAGCGCCCAGCUGACAGCGCCCAGUGCCUAGUACCCAGCGGACAGCGCCCAGCUGACAGUGCCUAGUGCCCAGCGGACAGCGCCCAGUGCCCAGCGGACAACCACCAGCGCCCAGUGCCCAGCGGACAACCACCAGCGCCCAGUGGCCAGCGGCCAGCGGCCAACUACCAGUGCCCAGUGCCCAGCGGCCAACCACCAGCGCGGCUGAGAGCGGCCCGGCCCCCGCAGCCCCCGGCCCACGUAGCCCCCGGCUCCCGGGCCCCCCGGGCCCCCCGAGCCCCCGACCAUGGAAGAAGAACUCAAGUGCCCGGUGUGCGGGUCCCUGUUCCGCGAGCCGCUCAUCCUGCCCUGCUCGCACAACGUGUGCCUGCCCUGCGCCCGCACCAUUGCCCUGCGGACCCCCGAGGGCGAGCGGACCCUGCCCGGGCCUCCGGCCCCGGAGCCCGGCCCGGACUCGGCCGGCCCCCCGGCCCCCGCCCCCGGCCCCGGCCCCGGCCCCGGCCCGGACGUGGCGGACAAGCUGAGCCUGCACAGCGAGGCGGACAGCGGCUACGGGUCGUGCCCGCCCAGCCUCCGCUCGCCCAACGGCGUGCGCGUCCUGCCCCCGGGGGCGCCCCCCGCCCCGCCGGGCCCCUCCGGCCCCUCCGGCCCCUCCGGCCCCUCCGGCUCCGGCCCCUCCGGCCCCUCCGGCCCCUCCGGCUCCGGCGGCUCCGGCCCCUCCGGCGGCUCCGGCUCCGGCUCCGGCUCCAUCACCUGCCCGCAGUGCCACCGCAGCGCCUCCCUGGACCCCCGCGGCCUCCGCGGCUUCCGGCGCAACCGGCUGCUGGAAGCCAUCGUGCGGCGCUACCGCCAGGCCCGGGGCCCGGGGCGGCUGGGCGACGGCCCGGGGGGGGGGGACGGCGACGACGACGGCGGCGGCCCCGGGGCCCCGCCCGCCCCGCCCGCCCCGCCCUGCCAGCUGUGCGAGCGCCGGCCCCCCGAGCCCGCCGCCGCGCUGUGCCAGCAGUGCCACCUGCUCUACUGCGCCGCCUGCCAGGCCAGCUGCCACCCGCCCCGAGGGCCCUUCGCCCACCACCGCCUCGUCGCCCUCCCGGCCCCGCCCCGCCAGCAGCAGCAGCAGCAGCAGGCCCAGCAGCAGGCCCAGCAGCAGCAGCAGCAGGCCCACGGCGGCCCCGGGCACGGGCACGGCCCCGGCCCCGGCCCCGCCCGCCAGGCCCCCGCCUGCCCGGACCACGACGGGGAGACGUACAGCAUGUACUGCAACGCCUGCCGGGCGCCCGUGUGCCCCCGCUGCCUGGGCGACGGGCCCCACGCCCAGCACCACCUGCGCCCGCUCGCCGCCGCCUGGAGGCAGCACAAGGCUCAACUGUCCCAGGCCCUGAAUGGGGUUUCCGACAAAGCGAAGGAAGCAAAAGAAUUUCUGGUUCACCUGAAGGAUAUUCUGCAGCAGAUCCAGGAGAACAGUCUGGACUACGAGGCCUGUCUGGUCGCUCAGUGCGAUGCCCUGGUGGACGCUCUGACCCGCCAGAAGGCCAAGCUGCUCACCAAAGUCACCAAGGAGCGGGAGCACAAGCUGAAGGUGGUGUGGGAGCAGAUCAACCACUGCACGCUGAAGCUGCGGCAGUCCACGGGGCUGAUGGAGUACUGCUUGGAGGCCAUCAAGGAGAACGACCCCGCCGGAUUUCUGCAGGUUUCAGACGCGCUGAUCACCCGCGUGCAGCUUUCCCAGGAGCAGUGGGUCAAGGGGGCCCUGGAGGCCAGAGUGUCCGCCGACUUCGACCUGACCCUGGACAGCGAGCCCCUGCUGCAGACCAUCCACCAGCUGGACUUUAUCCAGAUGAAACGUAGGAUGCCACCCACCCCGCUCCUGCAGCUGGAGAAGUGUUGCACCAGGAAUAACAGCGUGACCCUGGCCUGGAGGACCCCCGCCUUGGCCCCCGGCCCCGUGGAAGGUUACGUCCUGGAGCUGGAUGACGGGGACGGCGGACAGUACCGGGAGGUGUACGUGGGCAAGGAGACGGUGUGCACCAUCGACGGACUUCACUUCAACAGCACCUACAACGCCAGGGUCAAAGCCUUCAACUCCUCCGGCUUCGGGCCCUACAGCAAGACCGUCGUCCUGCAGACGUCCGACGUGGCCUGGUUCACCUUCGAUCCCAACACGGCCCACCGGGACAUCGUCCUGUCGAACGACAACCAGACGGCGACGUGCAGCAGCUACGAUGACCGCGUGGUGCUGGGCACGGCGGCUUUCUCCAAGGGGGUGCACUACUGGCAGCUGCACGUGGACCGCUACGACAGCCACCCGGACCCCGCCUUUGGCGUGGCCCGUGCCAACGUGGCCAAGGACAUGAUGCUGGGCAAGGACGACCGAGCCUGGGCCAUGUACGUGGACAGCAACCGCAGCUGGUUCAUGCACCGCAACUCCCACACCAGCCGGACGGAGGGCGGCGUGGGCCAGGGGACGACCGUGGGCGUGCUGCUAGACCUGAACGAGCACACGCUGACCUUCUUCAUCAACGGGCAGCAGCAGGGCCCCACCGCCUUCGAUCACGUGGAUGGGGUCUUCAUGCCGGCCCUCAGCCUCAACCGCAAUGUGCAGGUGACCCUGCACACCGGACUGGAGGUGCCCUUGGACCUGGCUCCGGUCAAGCCGCCCAGCAACUGAUCGGUUCCAGCUUCCUGCUGGCUGCCCCUCCCCACCCCACCCCACCCCA